GUAUUACACUAGUUUUUUGGUUUUGUGAAGUGAUUUCCUACUAAUCUAACCGAUGUUCCCUAUGAUGCAAGGACCACAGGCUCUGCCUGACCAAGUCGCAUACCCGAUGUUUUGGAGGAAUCUCACCCGCUUCUUGGCGGUGUCCACGGCCACCAUUGGCCUUUCCCUCGCUAUUCGCCACUGUGAGCAACACACACACACAAUGCUAAUAUCAAGUCUCUAAGGAGCACGUAAUUUCGGUUUAACUAGUAAAUAGAACCUAGUUAUGUUGCUUUAGAUUGUCGCCGUCCUGGCUCACUGUAUUUUCGAGACGCGUUUUCACCCUUUUGGUUCCUUGGAUCGCUUUCGUUAGUUCCUAAUCUCAAAUACCGGUAUGUCGCUGCCGUAAUAAACCGAUCGAGGAGUUUGCUGUAACAACUUGGUCUGU